AUGUCGCAGAGCAGCCAGGGCGUGGCUGACAUGGUGGUCUCCAUCGAUAUCGGCUCGGUUGUCCGCUACACCCAUGCCCGCCAUGCCCUCCAUCCCUCUCCCAAGCGACGCAAGUUCCUCGCCGCCUCGGUCGCCGCCUCGUACCGCUCGCAUCCCUCGCCGCCCGAGUCGGCCACGGCAUCGCCCACGCCAGAGGCGGCGGCACAGAGCAUGUUUGGUGAGCGGAGGUCGUUGGGAGGCGGCGGAGCCGGCUCUGUUUAUGCUGCGGCAAGGUCGGCGGGCGGUGGAUCGGGGCGCCGGCGUGAAGGGGUGGCGGCCUUGAUGGCGCACGAGGCCGCAAGCAUGCGAAACCUACAGGCCAUGGAUGCAUCGCCGUCGUCAGUGGCAGCAGCGGUGUCGCUGGUCGAGCGUGACGCCAUAGCCCGCGAGAUGGCGGUGGGGAUGGCCGCGCUGUCGAUGGCCGCGCCCGAGGCUGUCUUCUCGCCGUGGAAGCUCGCUGCAGUGUUUGACCAGUUUGCAGACCCACUCGACUCGACCGUGAUCGGACCCGAGGGCGUGUACGAGCUCUGCCAGGCGCUCGGAUGGAAUGUCGAAUCGGUACACCUGCUCGCGCUGGCUUGGAUCGUCAACGCGGCACUGAUGGGCUACUUUGCGCAGGACGAGUGGAUGACGCUCUCGCAGCACGAUGUGGCGUCGCUCGACUCGCUCAACACCUUUGUCAACUCGAUUGUCGAGCGGGUGGCCGGCGACGAUGACUCGCUUCGGGCGCUCUACCGCUACGCGUUCGAGUACAUGACGCGGCCGGGGCAAAAGUCGGUCUCCAAAGACAUGGCGUGCUCGAUGUGGCGGUUGCUGCUGGCGCCGGGCGCGGGCGAGAGUGGGCUCCUUGACGCCUUUGAGGCCUUUCUCCACUCCCCAGCCUGCUCGUACCGAGUCAUCAAUGCUGAUCAGUGGGCGCUCUUUGUCGACUUUUACGAGCUCCUCUCCACUGCAGCCUCGAUCGACGACGUCUACUCGGCCGACUCGGCCUGGCCGGUCCUCUUUGACGAGUUUGUAGCCUGGAUGCGGGAGAGCGCAUGACGUGGUGCUGAGCACAAGGAACUGGCAAUGUCCUCGCCGCUAAAACAAGCAACCGAUGUACUG